UUUCUUUAAAAGUGAGGUGAGUCAUUUUUUUCAAAUUUGCUGAAUCAUUAUUGAAGAGAAAGUUUAUUGGGCGGAAAGAGUAGAAAAUGACAUCUUCUAUAAAAAAAGAUGGUCACAUUUUCUCUCAAUUUGGUUAACUUUUUAUUUUUUUUACUUUUUUCUUUAUGAAAAAAAGCUUAGGGAGAAGGGAGGUUAUCCAUUUCACGGUUAGGGCAUACUAAGACCUCUUUGAGGACUUACAGAGGGGAUCUUAGCCUUUUUUUCUAGUUUUUACAAAUUACUUACCAAGAGCGAUUGUCGGUAACAAGACUCGAACUUAGGCCUAAAUAGCGAAGAUAACGAUCAUUACCAACUCAAUCAACCCUCAAUUUGGUUCACUCUAUACACGACAAUGAGGUGAAGCUUGAGAGAUAAUAAAUAAUAAAAAAUUUCAUUUUCUUUUUCUUUUUUUAUUUGUUGGGCAAGAUCCCACAAUCUAGUCCUACAUUGAUUAGACGGCAAAGUUGGAGUUUCCCGAACAAAACCAAUUUGGGCUUUGACCAUAUUUGGACCCCUUGGCCCAUUUACCUGUAAGGUAAUUUAGGGCUCUCUGAUAUUGAUCAAAACAGUUAGUGUACUCCCACUCAAAAUAUGCCAUAUGUAAUUUUUUAAAUAAAUUAAUUAUUCUUUGUUACAGCUUGACUUAAUUUUUAUCCGCUGAAAUAAAUUAGAAAAAUAAAAAACUUAAGAAAAAAUAAAAAAGAAAGGAGAAUAUCCCAGCAAUUCUACCCACACGCCACCCCUCUGUCGUCUUCUUCCGACUGCCAUCAACAGUCAUUAGUCACACAAGUAAGAGAACCAAAUCCCCAUAGCCUAAUAAAUUGUUGCAACCAGGAAACUACGUCAUCAUUUUCAAUGAAUCUUAAUAUCUGAUGGAGAUAUUAGAUCCAAUAACAAUCAACCCUUUCCAUAUCAAUUUCAUGCUAGUCGAUUUGUAGCCUGUUUGUCACAGGCCCACCUCCCAUCCCAACCUUCUUCACAUCUGCUAGUGAGACCUUCAUCAAUGAUAAAAUAUACAUGAAUCUUGGGGUAGUCACCAAAAGGUUGAGAAAAUUGCAGAACAGCAACAGAGAGAGAGAGAGAGAGAGAGAGAGAGAGAGAUAAAAAAGAGGGAGCCCUAAACCAGAGCGGCGGUGCGGGGUAAGCUUGUUUAUUUUCAAUGUUUAUUUUCUUAAUUUUAUUUUCAAGGGUAAAAAUUAGGUUAAAGUCCAGUUGUAAAAUAAAAUUUGAGCACGUGGCAUAUUUUGAAUGGGAGUAUCAUUAGCUCAUGUGGUAAUACAGAUCGUCUAGGAGAGGGUUUCAAAAGUUUCAGCCAUGAUUGGUGAGUGUUCCUACAAUUGACCAAUUAAACAGAAGGAUAUCAUUCCUGAAAUUCUGUGUGAUAGUUGUUGACAGACAGUGAGUAUUUGAGUAUUUGCUGUAUUUUUCUGUAUGUACCAAUAUUGUCGAGGCAUCCGCCUCUUGAGUUCAACUUCAACGAGCGGGAGAAUCCACUGGGAUCCAACUGUUGCCCUCGAACUCAAUCACCCAACUCUUAUAUUGCUCGAAAAAUGCAGGACAAGGUACCAUUUCAAACAGAUUUUGGGGCAGAUGAUGAGGACCUGUCUAAUUGGUCAGACAUUUCCCAUGAGCAGGCUUCUCACAUUCUCAGCCAUCUCACACCCUGAUAAUUUAGACAUGGCUAUCCUUCUUUUCAAUCACUAUACUCCUAAUCCCAAUCUUUACAUUUAUAAUUCUAUGAUUUCUGCUUUAUCUUUCUCUAAAAGCCAACCGUUUGCCGUAUACAAUUCCAUGCUCCACUCUGGUAUAUGCCCAGAUAAACACACCCUUCUUUACUUACUCCAAGCGUCCACAUGCGUAUCAGAGGCAAAGCAGCUCCACAGCCAUGCCGUUGUUACAGGUUUGUUGUCACAUGGAUACCUGCAGAACACCCUCACCAAGAUAUAUAUGGAAGAAGGACAAAUGGGGCUUGCUUGCCAGGUUUUCCGUGAUGUGCCAACACCAGAUCCAGUCUUAUUCAAUAUCAUGAUUGUUGGUUAUGCCAAGAUGGGAUAUUGUUCAGAAGCUCUUCAACUGUUCUAUGAAAUGGUGGGUUUGGGUCUUAAGCCUGACGAGUUUACCAUUUUAGGACUUCUUAUAUCUUGUGGACUAUUAGGAGAUUCCCGACUGGGAAUGUCUGUUCAUGCAUGGAUUGAGAGGAGGACCAUCACUUCUUCAAAUUUGAUCUUGGGUAAUGCUCUUUUAAACAUGUAUGUGAAAUGGAAUAAAUUGGAGCUUGCUCAAAGUAUCUUUAAUGCUUUAGUGGAUAAGGAUAUCGUGUCAUGGAACACCAUGACUGCAGGAUAUGCCAAGGUUGGCAAAUUAGAACUUGCCCGCACUUAUUUCAAGCAAAUGCCUAGAAGAGAUCUUGUUUCUUGGAAUUCAUUAAUUGCUGGCUAUGCCAAGAAGGGUGAUUACACGAUGGCGGUGAAGGUAUUCAACAACAUGAUUAGGGUGAAUGUGAGGCCUGACAAUAUCACUCUGGUUAAUUUGGUCUCUGCUGCAGCAGAAAUUGGAGCACUAGACCAAGGAAAACGGAUUCAUGGCUUGAUUGUGAGGCUGCAGUUGAAAAUAGAUGUAUUUUUGGGUUCAGCAUUAAUAGACAUGUACUGCAAGGCUGGAAGUAUUGAAAGAGCCUUCAUGGUCUUCAGGGGACUGACAGAGAAAGAUGUUACCAUAUGGACGACAAUGAUCACUGGAUUUGGAUUCCAUGGUGACGGAAACAAAUCUCUGGAUCUGUUUUCUGAGAUGCAGAGAGUUUUAUUGCCAAAUGGGGUGACUCUUGUUGCCGUUCUUACAGCUUGUAGUCAUAGUGGACUUGUGGAUGAAGGGCUAAAUAUAUUCUACAAUAUGAAGAAUAAUUUUGAUAUCGAACCAGGAGUUGAGCACUAUGGGUGUCUAGUGGAUCUUUUAUGUCGAUCGGGGAGAUUGGUAGAGGCAAAAGCUGUGAUUGAAAAGAUGCCAAUGAAGCCAAGUCGAAACAUCUGGGGAGCAAUGCUGAGUGCUUGUAGAGCUCUUGGAGACAUGGAACUAGCUGAAAUAGCUUCAGCAGAGCUACUCAAGUUAGAGCCUGAGAAAGAGGGAGGAUACAUUUUGAUGUCUAAUAUGUAUGCUGCUUGUGGGAGGUGGAGCUACUCAGAUAAGAUUAGAGAAAUAAUGGAAAUCAGGGGAGUGAAGAAGACCGCAGGUUGCAGUAGUGUAAUUGUUGAUGGAGUUAUCCAUGACUUUGUUGUUGCUACAAUAUGA